UGCCAAUAGCUGCACGCGAUCCAAUCCUCCGUCGCCGCCGGAGAUGAAGCCUUUCGUCCGCGGACGCUCUUCCCGCUGGCCUUUCCUCGAUGGCGUGGGAUCCCGUCCACAGCGACGGCUUAAUCAUUCAAUCAUUCGCAAGUUCAGAAAGAGAGCCCCCAUCAAUCACUGAGCAUCUACAGUUCCGCAAUUGCUCGGAAACUCCCUCGGCUCUACAGCGAUGGGCCAAUCCCAAGCCCAUGGCAGUCCACUACAUCCAUCCACAGAUCCCACCCCACCCCAUUAGCUAGGUUUCCACUCUCCAGUCUCCACUCCAUGGCGGCGGCGGCUCUCCUUCCCCUGCAGGCUCGCGGAUCUCAUUGACGCGCCCGGUCACCCUCGCCAAACCGAGGCUGCGCUGCGCUCGCGGUGCGGCGGCGUUACACGGCAAUUCGGCUGGACAUUGUCAUUCCGGCGGCCCAAGCUUCUCCGCAAAGACUGAGCGUGGUGAACCCGACAGGGCGGGAGGUGAGGGAGGAGACCUAUGGCGCCUGUGGUGACCCCCGCACUGGGCGCGCUGGGUCCUCUGCUUGGGAAGCUCGCCGAGUUGCUCGCCAAUGAGUGCGGCCGCCUCAGAAGGGUCCGCCGCGAGAUCCGAUCGCUCCGGACAGAGUUUACCAGCAUGCAUGGUGCGCUAAUGAAGUACACCAAGCUAGAGAAUGAGAAUCCUGAUGACCAGGUGAAGAUAUGGGUAUCGCUGGUCAGGGAGUUGGCCUAUGAUACCGAGGAUCUUUUUGACAAGUUCAUUCGCCACCUCGGCAACGGUGAGAGUCAUGAUGGUGGCUUCAAGGAGUACUUCCGCAAGACUGCUAGGCGUCUAAAGACGCUUGGAGCUUGGCGUGGGAUCGCCAGCCGAAUUGACGAUCUGAAGCUACGUAUCAAGGAAGUGAAAGAGCUCAAGACCAGCUACAAGCUGGAUGAUGUUGCUUCUAGCACCCCGGUCCAUGCAACCGUGGAUCCCCGGUUGGCUGCUCUUUUCGCCGAGGAGGCACACCUUGUUGGCAUUGAUAGUCCAAGGGACGAGCUUGCCAAGUGGAUGCUGGAAGAAGAAAACAAGCUUCAUCGCAGGGUGUUGUCGAUUGUUGGGUUUGGUGGAUUGGGAAAGACAACACUGGCGAAUGAAGUCUACCGCAAGAUUCAUGGGCGUUUUGAUUGUCAUGCUUUUGUGUCGAUCUCUCAAAAGCCAGAUAGAAAGAAAAUCAUCAAGGAUUUAAUCUCACAGGUGUCUUGCAAUGCUGAAUUCACAAAAGAUAUGGAUACUUGGGAUGAACAGAAAUCCAUCUCAAAGCUAAGAGAACUAUUACAAGAUAAAAGGUAUCUUGUCAUCAUUGAUGAUAUAUGGUCUGCAUUAGCAUGGAAAGCAAUCAACUGUGCUUUUCCAGAGAAUGAUUCUUCAAGCAGAAUUAUAACUACAACACGCAUAUUAGAAGUAGCAAGAUCUUGUUAUCCAGAUCGUGCUGACCGGAUCUAUGAAAUGACACCUCUAAGCGACAUCCACUCUGAAAGACAAUUUUUUAACAGAAUCUUUGGUCCAGAUGACCGCUGCCCUGAUAUGCUUAUUGAAGUUUCAAAUACUAUCUUGAAAAAGUGUGGAAGCCUACCAUUGGCUAUUAUCAGUAUAACUGGUUUAUUAGCUAACAGACCACGUGUCAAAGAAGAGUGGGAGAAGGUAAAAAGAUCAAUUGGUUCUGACUUGGACGGAAACCAGAGUCUAGAGGGAAUGAAAAACAUACUAUCCAUGAGCUAUAAUGAUCUUCCACCAAACCUCAAGACUGUCUUGUUGCACUUAAGUAAUUUCCCUGAGGAUUAUGUGAUUGACAGAGAAAGGUUGGUGAGGCAAUGGAUUGCGGAAGGCUUUAUUUCUGAAGAGCGUGGGAGGAGCUUUCAAGAGGUUGCAGAAAGUUAUUUUUACGAGCUUAUCAAUAAAAGCCUGGUCCAACCAGUGGACAUUGGUUAUGAUGGGAUGGUUCGUGCCUGUCGAGUUCAUGACAUGAUGCUUGAACUUAUCAUUUCAAAAUCCAUUGAAGAAAAUUUCAUCACUGUGGUGAAUGGCAGUCAGACUGUUUGGGAAAAUUCUCAGUGUUCUAUUCGACGAUUGUCGAUUCAGGACAUUGACCAGGAGCUUGCAUCUGUAUUGGCAAAGAAAGAACUAAGCCAUGUCCGAUCUCUUAUAAUAACAGCAUCAAGAUGCAUCAAGCACUUGCCCAGUCUUGCUAAGUUUGAAACUUUACGUGUACUAGAUUUUGAAGGUUGUCGGGGCCUGACGGAGUAUGAUAUGGAUGGUAUAGAAAACCUGUUCCAGCUAAAGUACCUAAGCUUUUGCGGAACAAACAUAUCGGAACUACCAUCUGGAAUUAUGAUGCUACAUGAUCUAGAGAUGCUAGAUUUAAGGGGUACAGCAAUCAAAGACUUGCCGGCGAGAAUUGUUCAGCUCACUAAACUACAACAUCUACUCCCUGGCAAUCAUUUAUGGAAGAUACCAAUCGGGAUUGGGAAUAUGACAAACUUAAGGGAGAUCUCAGGCUUUGAUAUUACCACGAGUUCAGUAGGUGCAGUGAAGGAGCUAGGGAGCCUGAUCAAUUUGAAGGUACUCCAUGUAUGUUUCACGGAGAAAGGUGAAGAAUCUCAUGAGUACAAGAGUCAUCUAGAGAUGUUUCAUUCCUCACUAUGCAAGCUUGGAAGCCACAAACUCCAGUCCGUGUAUAUAAAUGGUGGUGAUUCAUCUCCAUUCGAGUUAUUAGAUUCCUGGUCUCCUCUUCCAUCUUGCCUCCAAACAUUUGUGAUGGGCACCACCGAGUACUGUUUAUCAAAACUGCCAAAGUGGAUUACUCCAGCACUCACCAGUCUUGCAUACCUGAACAUUAAUUUAGGUGUAAUAACAGAGGAGGCUCUUGGCAUACUUGGAGAGCUGCCUGCACUACUUUCUCUGAAACUUUAUACCAACACGGUCCAUAAAGACAGGCUUGUUUUGCAAGGCAGAGGAUUCCGAUGUUUGAAGGAGUUCGUUUAUGAACCUUUUGAUGAAGGUGCAGGGAUCCUUCUGUUUGAGGAAGGGGCACUGCCAAAGCUCGAGGAGUUUAUGGUGCAGUUCUUUGUGUCAAUGGCAAAGGCAUAUGGGUUCUACUUAGGUAUUGAGCCCCUGCCGUAUCUGAAAGAUGUACACGUUAUUCUUCAGAACCGGGAUGCCACGUCUUCUGAAGCUGUGGCUGCAGAAGUUGCCAUAAGGAAGGAAGCAAAUCUCCAUCCCAACCAUCCCAGGUUAACUCUCUUGGAGAUGGAAGAAUGAAAGGAGGGAUGGUGCUUGAAGCUAUCAUUCUCGUUGCCUGAAGCUCAGAUAAAAGUGGUCUCUAUAGUUGCUAUAUGAUUUAUGAUAUUCAUUUUUGCUUGACGUGUGAAAUGGAAACAGACUGUUUCAAUUUGUUUACUGCUGUUAAGAGUUACUCCCAUCUGCAUUACAUUAAGAAGAUCUCCAUCUGUGUGGAACUUGAUUGUAACUUAAAUAUUCAGACAAAAAUUGGUUCACUCA